AUGCCGAACAGGAAGAGCGCAGGGGACAUCAUCGCGUCCGCGUCGCGGCCCAGCCGAGCGGGACAUGACCAGGAGGAACAGAACCGCCACGACUACCGCAAGAAGCUGUGGUGCGAGACCCAGUGGACGAACCUCAGCCUGCAGGCCAAGAAGACACACAACCUGCCCACCCUGCCGUACUUUGACCCGGAGACCAUGCUCUUGAGCAAGGAGGUCAACGCACGCCUCUGGGGCCAGUUGAGCCGGUUAUGGGACUCCCUGGGCCCCGAGCGGGCGCCGUACGCCACGCCCCUGAUGGUCGAGGGCGGCGAGGUCAAGUGGCACUCGUUCAUGAACGGCAGCCAGGGCGACGAGGCCGAGAUCUACGAGAAGGACCUCGACGCCUUUAUGAGUCGCAACCGACGACCGGGGCAGUAUGAGGGAUGA